GGAAAAGGAAAGUCAGGUGGUUCUGGUCCCUUGGCUCUGGGAGACCGGGAUUAGGAAAAAGCACAAAUCCCCCAGAUCCUGAUUUCAGUUCUUUGGCCCGCCCACCUCAGUUUGGGCCAAACGGGGAGUACUCUUUAUGGACUGUUUCUCUGGGGAGCCAAUAAAGUUUUAGAAGUUUGAAAAGAAGGAAAAAAAAAAAAAACCCUAUACGAACUCUCUUUCAGCCACUAGCGUGGCUGUGCCUGCAGGCUCAGACUUUUAACUCCGGGAAGCUUGUAGGCUGGUAGGCAAGGCCUGUGGGUCUCAGAGAAGGACUGACUGGCUGGCCUCCAGGGACCAUCUCCGACCAGAAAUGGGAGUCACUGUGGACGUGCACCAAGUGUAUAGAUAUCCAUUCGAACAAGUAGUGGCAAGCUUCCUCAGAAAGUACCCUAACUCCAUGGAUAAAAAUGUGAUUGAUGUGAAAACUGUGGAAGAACGAACAGAUAUCUCAACAGGUGUUAUCUACAGAAAGAGGAUUGCAAUCUGUCAGAAUGUAAUUCCAGAAAUUUUAAGAAAGGUGAGCAUUUUAAAAGUGCCAAAUAUCCAAUUAGAAGAGGAAUCAUGGCUCAAUCCUCAGGAAAGAAAUAUGUCUAUAAGAAGUCAUUGCCUAACAUGGACCCAGUAUGCAUCCAUGAAUGAAGAAUCUGUCUUCAGGGAAAGCUUGGAAAAUCCAAAUUGGACAGAAUUCAUACAAAGAGGCAAAAUAUCAAUCACUGGGGCAGGAUUUCUCAACUGCAUAUUAGAGACUUUUGCCCGUACUUUUCUAAAGCAGGGUGCCCAGAAGGGAAUUAGAAUAAUGGAAACUCUUCUGAAAGAACAGUGUGGAACCCCCUUAUCUGAAUAAAAAAUGAUCAGAGGAGUUGAGUCCAUGUCUACAAUUACAAGAGAACGAUGCCUUUGUUGCCACUACAUUUCCAAAACUUUUGGGUAUUCCAGCCAUAAAGCAAGGAAGGCUCAAAGAUAUGAUAUGGACAGCUUGAAGAAAAGGCAUUAGCCUUCUACUAAUAUUUAACAGGAUGCCUUCUUCUAGGAGUAUAAUUCUUUUUUCCAGUUGCUAUGAGAAAAUGUGACUCUUGUGGAUCUUCAAUUUGAAUUUUAUUUGAAUUUGAAUUUUUUUUUACUUUGAAAAUGAAAAAGACAUGAUGCUUAGAAUAAUGUUUACUAAUUAAUAAUGCCUCAUAUUGUCCCUAUAAUUCUCUUAUUCCAUAAAAGCAACAAGUAUUGUUUCAGAAAAAUUGUGGUCUUUCAUGUGCAUAGAAUGUCACUGUAGUCAUAGGAUCAUGUAGAACUCUUAGAUAAAGUAAGGAAUUAUAUUUUGAACCUGAGAUUGCAUGUGGUAACCAGGCUUUUGUUGGACUAUGUUAAAAACAAAUCACCUUCAGAGUGCCUACAUUAUGAUGGUUUAAUAUCUUUUUUAUAACUCUCAAAAGAAGCACAUUUUCCAUUUUUCCUAUAAUAAUAAUUUUAUAUUUUGAUAUUCUACCUAAACUCAUGAUGUUUAGUAGAACAUUAGGUUAAAUAUAAGGAGACUUGAAUUUUGGCUUUUUUCUGACUCAGAUUACUUAACUAAUUUUAAUUUCUUUAUUUGUUAAAUAGGAUAAGCCUUGCCCUCCCAGCAUUUUUCAGUUGUUGGGAAGCAAUGAAAGAAACAAGCAUUUUAUUAAGUGUCUACUAUGUGUUAGGCAAUGCUAAGAGCAUUACAAAUAUCUUGUUUUAUCUUUACAAUAACAGAGGAAGAUAGGUGUUAUCUUUAUUUUAUAGAUGAAGAAAGGCAAAUAGUG